AUUAGUAAUCGUAAGAAUGCACAGUCGGUUGCUUUCGCAAUGUAUGUGGAAGAAAAAGAUAUAGAAUAUGUGUUCGUUCGUCUGUCUAACCUUUCUUUCGGGCUCUUCUUUCGGAAGAAAGGUUAUUAAAAAUGUUAAAUGGAGGAACGAAUAGAAUCAUGGCAUUAGUACUUUACGUGUGAAAUCUAAACAUGUAUUACAACAAUUUAAGAAUCAUUGCAAUAAAACAUUCCGACACCUAUAAAUAUAUUACUUUAUCCAAUGUACAUUAUAUUCUACUUUCUUAAACAAUUGAUCCAUUGUAACUUCAUAACCACCAUUCCCCGUAUCAAACUGGUUCCAACCAUGGACUUAAUUCAGCAUUCUCCAACUGUUAUCGUUUGUACUCGUCCACGAUACAGAAACAAAGAAGAGUUUCGUUCAGCACGAUUCAAAGAUUCACCAAUUGUAUUGUUCGGUUUUCCCGGUCUAGAAAACGAUAAGGAGUCCCCGCCUUCAGAUAAUACCCAUCCGCUUGUAUGGUGCCGCAACGAAGAAAACAAAGAUAAAGAAUUUCCAUGCAACUUUUGCGAGCGUCAGUUAGAUAGCACCACAGGCUAUUAUUUAUGCGAAGAGUUCGAUAAGAGGAUUUCUAAAAACAACACUGUUGGUUUUCAUAAAGAGUGUAUCAAACCGAUGACCAACAAUCCUUAUCAUCCUAAACAUCCGCUCCAAGUUCUCGUAUUUGCAACAGUGGUACCAAACAAAGUAUGCUAUUGUUGUUACACUUAUAAAACUCACUUUUACUAUUGUUUUAUAUGUAAUUUUAGCAUUUGUCGGGAUUGUGCGAGAAAACCGCUACUCCUUACAAUAGACCACAAGAAAAGGCAUGAACAUACACUCUACUACAUUCCUCGAGAAGCCUCCAUGACUUGCGAUGUUUGUGCUUUGCAUGAUCGAAGGUACUUUAUUUAUGUAUGUCAUCAAUGUGAUUAUGUAGUCCAUAAAAAGUGUAUAUAUUCACCAUACGUCAUAAAAAUUUCUCGUCAUGAACAUCGCCUCUCUUUCACUUCUUCGUUUCUUUCUGGAGAAUGGUUUUGCGGAAUUUGUCGGAAAAAAAUAAACCAAAAUUAUGGAGGAUAUUCUUGCGUGAAAGGUUGUUAUUAUGUUGCUCAUUCCCAGUGUGCUAUACAUAAAGAUGUAUGGGAUGGAAAAGAACUUGAAGGAGAACCAGAAGAAAUAUUUGAAAGCAUUAUGCCGUUUGAAGAGAUAAGUGAUGGAAUUAUAAAACAUUUCAGUCAUAAACAUCAUAUGAGACUCCUCAAAGAAGUUGAGAAAACAAAUAAGAUUAACAAACACUGUCAAGCAUGCGCAUUUCGGAUUUAUGAAGGUGACAUUUAUAAUUGCUUGGAAUGUGAUUUUGUUCUCCACAAAGUAUGUGCGUAUCUUCCAGUUAAAAAACAACAUGUGUUGCAUCCUCACCCUCUCUUCUUACAAGAGGAAAAUCUACAAACUACGUUUGGGUGUUCAGCUUGCUUUCGUGUAUGCAAUAAUUUCAGUUCAAGUACCAGCAUGAUGAACAUCCUCUCAUAUUUUCAUAUGAAGAAGACUCGAAUGGUCAACACUGGUGUGAUGUCUGUGAAAAAGAAAUACUACCCAAGAAUGGAAUAUAUACGUGCAGUGAUUGUGACAUCCAACUCCAUAUCGAAUGCUUACACGGGAACAACAUGUAUUUGUUACCUUGUAAAUCGGUUAUACUUAAUGAAGGAAAAUACGAUAUUCUUUGCAAUGAUCUGCCCACACGGUACACAUGCAAACGAUGUCAUAAACGUUGCGAAGACAAGACCGUCUACAAGAGAUCCGACGAUGUAAUCUAUUGUUCUAUGUAUUGUAUAGUCUGUGAGAAAUAUGGAAUCAAAAAUUAAAUAAAAUAAACCAUGUAUAAAUAUUAUUUAUAAUAGUUGAAUAUUAAUAUUUAUCACAAAUUUAAAUUCUGAUAUGCCAAACUAAUUUCAAACGUCUGAGUCAGAGAAAAAUUGAUCACAUUAGCUGCAAAAGUUUCUGGUCAUAUUCAUAAAACAAAACCUUGGAGACAUAAGAGCAUCUUUGAAGCUAAACCGUUUCACAGUUUCUUAGUUUUAAUUUUUUAUUUUUUUUUUUGACUAAAUUUUUUUAAAAAAGUAAACUAAUCGUGCGCCACCACGUAUCGGUGGAACCCGCAAACAGUACAAAAACUUAACUAAAAUCAGUCCUUAUUUAGUUACUUUUGUCAUCAGUUGUUAUGGUUUUUGUGGGACCUCCGAUUUAAGAAACUCCCUAAUAACCCGGGAUAAAGAUGGUCUAACAAUUAGUCAUUUUAGCCCCAAAAAACGGAAAUGCAACAAAGUUUUCGGAAACAGGAAAAUAUAAUGUCUACUUUGAGGCCCUUUUCUUCAACGAUUAAAGCGACUAAUCUGUUGAUAGUUUUCAUCAAUAGACUCUUUAACAGCAUCAACCACCAGCUGUGUCUUCCGGCUAAUGCUUGGCCAAAACCCAACAGGCUUUGCACAUUUGUCCUUCAUUUCUCCAACCAGCCUGACAAAUUCUUUCACCAUUCACGCCUCUUGCGGGAGCUCUGUCUUAACCGUUUGUUCACUCGGAGGAUUAACCCACGCGGUCACGGGCUUAUUGAACCAAGCUUUAGUGCACGUGGUGAACGAUGCUUCGGUCUCUUGGAACGGUAUAACAAAGUCGUCAACACGAACUAAGCCUUUUGUUCCAAUGGCUGAUAUCUCAAUUGUUAGGUUUGCCAAGAAAGAGCCGUAUAUGGUUGCAGUUCGUCCGUCUUCCCAGGCUCAGAAACGCUCCACACGAGAGAAUCACUCCUGACUAGUUCAGGACAGUGCCUAGAGAGGCCGUGACUGUUUUGGGAAGCUCAAAGUUGUUGGCUACAAGGGCUGCUCGGAUUGCGUACCAUCCAAGGUCUCCGAGCGCAUCAAGACCAUCAAAGAUAUAGUCUUCGGCGAGAUAUAAGAGAGUGGUGAUAGAGAGAAAACCAGGAGCAAAGACAGCGACAUGCGUAGAGCUUUGAAGAGUCGAAAAAGAAAACACUACCUCUAAUGGAGGGACCCAAUAAAAAAUUAGCAGUUUCUUCGUUUUGUGGGAAGAUUAGCUUAAACAAAAAAUAAACGUUCAUAAAAUAGUAUACCCUAAUGUAAUGCCCACCAACCAAUUGCAAUGUUAAAAACUCUUUAAUCAGAUGAUAUACAUGUAAAAAUCAAACCGAUCUUUUGCAUGCUGCAAAACAAUUUGAAACCUGAAUAUUGUAAAAAGAACACUGCUCUUUUCAGAGAAUCAUAGCAACCAUGGAAUGAAACAUGCUUGGGAAAUAAGAUAACAGAAUCACUCAUCAAGAGAUUAAUCGUAUCAUCUUCAGAACAAUGUCAAAUUUAUACGACUUUCAAUUUGAUUCAAAAUAUUAGUUCAAAAACAAAAUCAAAACACGACAUUUGAGAGAAUAACUCCAGACCAAACUGACCAAUACUCAUAAAUCAAUAUUUUUUCCAAGUAUAUUUCCAGAAAUAAUAAACUUUUAAUGAUGAUAUGGACUCCGGACAAUCCAAAUUGCAAUCCCUCAAAAAAGCUCUUAUAAUCUACAUGAAGUCGAAAUCGUCCAUGGCAUCAUAA